GCGGUGCCGGUGCCGGUCGGGCCAUGGCGGAGCCGAGCGCGGCGGCCCCGAUUUAUUUUCACCCUGUGUCGUCUUGAAGCGACGGGCUCAGAGCGAGACCCCUCCCCAGGCACCUGUGAGUAAUGAUGAGGGGCUUGAUUCCCAGCUGCGUUUCUGACCUGGAGGCCCUGGGACGCCCCCGGCUUUUCGAGUGACGCGGGCGGAGGAGCGGGAAGAGCCGGAGCGCGCGAUGGCAGAGAAGUGCGACUGCAUCGCCAGCAUGUACGGCUACGACCUGGGCUGCCGCUUCGUCAACUUCCGCCCGCUGGGCUUCGGGGCCAACGGGCUGGUGCUGUCGGCCCUGGACAGCCGCAGCUGCCGCAAGGUGGCCGUGAAGAAGCUGACGCUGGGCGACGCGCGCAGCGUGAAGCACGCCUUCCGCGAGAUCAAGAUCAUCCGCCGCCUGGACCACGAGAACAUCGUCAAGGUCUACGAGGUGCUGGGCCCCAAGGGCGCCAACCUGCGCGGGGACUUCUUCAAGUUCAACAUGGUGUACAUCGUGCAGGAGUACAUGGAGACGGACCUGGCGCGGCUGCUGGAGCAGGGCAAGCUGGCCGAGGAGCACGCCAAGCUCUUCAUGUACCAGCUGCUGCGCGGGCUCAAGUACAUCCACUCGGCCAACGUGCUGCACCGCGACCUCAAGCCCGCCAACAUCUUCAUCAGCACGGAGGACCUGGUGCUGAAGAUCGGCGACUUCGGCCUGGCCAGGAUCGUGGAUCAGCACUACUCGCACAAGGGUUACCUGUCCGAAGGCUUGGUGACGAAGUGGUACCGCUCGCCCCGCCUCCUCCUGUCGCCCAACAACUACACCAAAGCCAUCGACAUGUGGGCAGCUGGCUGCAUCCUGGCUGAGAUGCUGACCGGGAGGAUGCUCUUCGCUGGGGGCCACGAGCUGGAGCAGAUGCAGCUGAUUCUGGAGACGAUCCCCGUAAUCCACCAGGAGGACAAAGAGGAGCUGCUGAAGGUGAUGCCCAUGUUCAUCAACAGCACGUGGGAAGUGCGGAAGCCGCUGCGCAAGCUGCUGCCCGAGGUGGACGGUGAAGCUAUUGAUUUUCUGGAGAAAAUACUGACCUUUAACCCCGUGGAUCGAUUAACGGCCGAGAUGGGCCUGCAGCACCCCUACAUGAGCCCGUACUCGUGCCCCGAGGACGAGCCGGUGUCCCAGCACCCAUUCCGGAUCGAGGACGAGAUCGAUGAUAUCCUGCUGAUGGAAGCCAACCAGAGCCAGAUGUCCAACUGGGACAGGUACCACAUCAGCCUCUCCUCCGACCUGGACUGGAGGCACGACAAGCACCACGACAUGGACGAGGUCCAGCGGGACCCCCGCGCGGGCUCCGAGUCCACCGCGGAGGAGGCGCAGGUGGACCCGCGGAAAUACUCACAGAGCAGCUCGGAGAGGUUCCUGGAGCUGUCCCACUCGUCCAUGGACCGAGUGUUUGAUGCCGACUGUGGGAAAUCGUGUGAUUACAAAGUGGGAUCGCCCUCCUAUUUGGACAAAUUGCUGUGGAGGGACAGUAAGCCCCACCACUACUCAGAGCCCAAGCUGAUCCUGGAUUUGUCGCACUGGAAAAGGGCAACCAUAGCACCCGCAGCUGAGCUGUCGCUGGAAGAGGAGCCAUCCAACCUGUUUCUGGAGAUUGCCCAGUGGGUGAAGAGCACGCAGGUGGGGCUGGAGUGCCCCACCUCUCUGCCGGAGAUGCAGGAGCGGAGCCUGCCCUCCUCUCCUCACCGCCUCCGCAAGGAACCCGCGGAGGUGAGCAGCGAGACCGACCCCGAGUUCAACCUGGACGUCUUCAUCUCCAGGGCGCUGAAACUUUGCACAAAGCCCGAGGAUCUUCCGGACAACAAGCUCAACGAGAUCAACGGGGCCUGCAUCUCGGAGCACCCCGGGGACAUGGUGCAGGCGGAGGUGUACCAGAAGGAGCGGUGGUGAGGGCCCC